AUGGGAAUUAGAAAUCAAACCACGAUCUCUGACUUCCUGCUCUUGGGCUUCACUGAACACCCAGAGCAGCAGCCUUUCCUGUUUGGGAUCUUCCUGUGCAUGUUCCUGGUCACCAUGUUUGGAAACCUGCUCAUUAUCCUCACCAUAAGUUCAGAUCAUUACCUCCAUACCCCCAUGUAUUUCUUCCUGGCCAACCUGUCAUUCAUUGAUACCUGUUUCUCCUGCACCAUUGUCCCCAAGGUAUUAGUAAACCUCCAGACACAAUGCCAUACCAUCUCCUACACUGGAUGCCUCAUGCAGAUGUACUUCUUCAUGGCACUGACCCUCCUGGAUGACUUCCUGCUGGCUGUGAUGGCCUAUGACCGCUAUGUGGCCAUCUGCCUUCCCCUCCACUACACCAUAGUCAUGAGUCCCCAGUGCUGCCUGCUACUGGUCACCACAUCCUGGCUCUGUGCUCACUUCCUGGCCUUCUCACUCACUCUCCUGAUGUCCCAGUUCUCCUUCUGUGCCUCCCAUUCCAUCCCACACUUUUUCUGUGAUGUACCUCCACUCCUCAAACUUUCCUGUUCAGAUAUCUUUGUUUUCCAGAUCACCAUGUUAACUGAAGCAGUUCUUUCAGGCAUAAUUCCUCUCACCUGUGUUCUGAUCUCUUACGGCCACAUCAUCUGCACCAUCCUCAGGAUCCCCUCUUCUGGAGGGAAGUACAAAGUCUUCUCUACCUGUGGAUCUCACCUGUCAGUAGUCACUCUCUUCUAUGGAACAAUAUUUCUGGUAUAUUUCCAGCCCUCAUCUUCUUACUCAGCAGAUACUGGCAUGGUUGUAUCUGUGAUUUACACAAUGGUCACUCCUAUGCUGAACCCUUUCAUCUACAGUUUGAGAAAUAGGGACAUGAAGGGAGCAUUAUGGAGAUUCUUUGGUAGACGAAAAUGCUCUUCUCAAUAA